GUACAAGUGUGCAGUGCAAGUCCCUACACCACGUUAUACAACUUUCAAAUAUUCGUAUACCAAGAUAGUAAUUAUGCCAUGUUUAUAACAGCCUAAAUUUACAUAUGAUUGACUUAAAUCCUUAUUCAACAUUUACAGCAGUCUGAACAUUUUUGCCUCCUAGAUGGCCAAAAAUACACUGAUAAGUGUACAUACACUCACCACAUUAUUAGAAACUUCAUUAGACCGUGUUUAAUGUGGUCAUUCAUUAGUGAAUUAAUAUGUAACUUAAUAGGUUCCCUUUAAAUCUAAUAAUAAUACCUGAGGCUCCAAUAAAUUAGCAUCCAACGAUUCCAAUGAUGCAACUUUUUUUUGUUACAUUUUGAAUGCUCUGUUAUAUUAUACCCUCAGGUUUUGGGGCGUUACUAUGACAUCAUCAGACUUUACUCCAAAGCUCCUUCCCCCACCCCUUCACCAAAAACAUUAAAAUUUUCCAGUCUAGAUGCUUUCUUCUAUAUUGAGUACUUCAUAUUUAAUAUGCAUUAUUAGCAACUUAAUAAUAAUUAUGAAUGUGUGAUGUCACUUCCUCUUGCUGAUGCAGAGUAAAUCCUGGGGUGGUGUGUGUAUCCCUGAAAUCAGUCCAAGACAUACGCAAGUGUCUCUGUGAAACAGACAUCCCCAGAAAGCCUCUGCAUCACUGAAACUCCCAAGCAUCCUCCCCUCACGCACUCCCCUUUGUUCCUCUCUGUGUCACAGCGCCACCUGCUGGCAGCCACCUCACACAGUGCGGCGCAAACUAGAAACCCAAUGUCACUGUGACACUUCAGCUCCUUUGCGGUUGUAGAUGAAGAAAGAUUGUAGGCAGCUGGUGGCUCAACAAAUGGAGGAGGACAGGAGGAAAUCCUGCCCAUUGGUAUUAUUUUACAUUAGCUGCUUGCUUCCAGUUUGUGAACACAACUGGAACAAUUUCAGUGCAGCCAGUACAGAAAUUAGUGGGAAAAUGUUCAAUGAACACAUUGGUGCUGUGUUCACGGAAAACAUAUUUGAGACUCGUCAAAUAUGUAAAUGAAUGUUUCCUUCUGCUCUGGGCUCGACUGCAUUCCCUUUAAAACCUUACAGAUGUUUAGUUGUGUGCAAAGAUGGGAUUAAUAUUUGCUUGAAUCAGGCAAUCAUUGCAUUUAAUUUACAUUUAAAUGAAAUAAUUAGGAAAAAGUGAAAAUAACAGAAUAAUGAUGAUUCUUUUUUGCAGAAGAGAUGCAUUAAAAUAUUACAAAGUAGUGAAUGUUGUAAAUUGUGAAGACUGACUUUAGUUUGCUCUAUUUUUUUCAAAGUAAGUAUUGCAUGUUUUACUACACAACAUGUAAUUGAUGUCUUUAGCUGUGAUCUUUCCAGGAUAAACUGUUGCAUUUAGUGAGUUCAGUCCCUGCUGAACUCAUACACUUCUAUUGUUAUUCAGAGACUUUACACCCUCGCGCCUUUUUUAUCUUCUCAUGCAUGGGUGUUUAGGCAUGCUAGUAUCAACAAAGGUAGAUUUUAUUCAGUGCUUAAACUCUGAUGUCAUCUGAAACAGACCUACUUCCAGGGAUUCCUCUCUUUAGUAGUUUAGUCUGCUGUUUUUUGUAUAUUGUUGGACUAUCUCAGUGAUUUAAAUACCUUAGAUAUGAAGAGACGCCCAAAGUCAGACGUUUCAGGAUAAAAUAGUUAGGUCAAAAAGCUUUUUAGUCUUUCCAUCAGGCUUGUUCCAAUUUCAGCACCAACACUGCUUCAUAAGCACCAGAGAACAGGAUACAGUCUGUGUCGAUUACAUGUCCGUAAGGUUAAUAAGACUCGCAAGUUUAUAAAAUCUUCAACAAACUAAUUUUGUUUGCAACAUAUACACAUUUGUGCUUAUAAACACUAAUGAUUUAUUUGGGGUAUUUGUGUAUUGCAUGACUUUUCUUAACCUCUUAAAUACACAAUGGCACCUCUGCACUAUUUGAAAAGCCAUUUGCCAAAAAAACCUUAGACUUUGCAGGAGUUAUGACAGAAACAGAGUGAGGAGCCAAAUAUGAAGACAGUCGCAGAUGAUUUCCUGUACAUUUUAAUCUGUGUAUGCUCUCUCCUGAAUCAUGUUUUCUGUUCUGCUGGCCUUGUAGUGAGGUCACUAACAUAUGUUUUGCGGAUGUUUGUGUGUGCAUCCCUGCAGAGCUGUGACGGUUCUGAGUACACUCUGCAGGGCCCAGCGGGUGGGGAUGACAUCACAGGGUUGUCGGCCGAGCCGGCCCACUACCAGCUACUGUCAGAGCUGGGACGGGGCUUCAAUAAUCUGAGCCAGGUGAACAUGGCUCGCCACAUCCCUACUGGCCAGCUGGUGGCCGUCAAACAGACCAACCUGGACGAGUGCACCGAGGAGGAGCUGCUGCAGCUCAUGAAUGAGGUACUGCUGUCCCGGCUCUUCCGUCACCCCAACCUGCUGACUUCUCGCCUGGUUUUCAGCUCCUGCUGCCAGCUGUGGGUCCUGACACCGCUCAUGGCCUACGGUUCUGCAGAUACUUUACUGAGGACAUAUUUCCCGGAUGGAAUGAGUGAAUCCCUGGUAGCGUACCUGCUGUACGGUGUGCUCAAAGCAUUGGAAUACCUGCACAGGAUGGGCUACAUUCACCGAGGGGUGAAGGCCAGUCAUAUCUUGCUGUCAGGGGAGGGGCGUGUUUACCUCUCAGGGCUCCACAGUGUUUACUGUAUGAUGCGUGAGGGCAAGAGGAUGAGGACCGUGUUUGACAUGCCCCACCACAGCCCGGCACUGCUGCCCUGGCUCAGCCCUGAACUACUGCGACAGGACCUGCACGGUUAUGGAGUGAAGUCAGACAUCUACAGUUUGGGCAUUGUGGCCUGUGAGCUAGUCAGCGGCAGGGUGCCUUUCCAGGACAUGCCACCCACUCAGAUGCUGCUUCAGAAGCUGCGCGGUUCCCACUGCUGCUUGCUGGACGUGGCUCCCUUCCCGCUUGGAGAGCUGGGGGGUUUGAAGGUGUCGCGCUCUGGGGUGGACUCCGGCAUUGGAGAGAGUGUGGCCACGGGGAGCCUGACGCACAGCACCACCGCUCCUCCCACGGACCGACCUCAAAGCCCUGGACCCAAAAACCACUCUGCCACCCUCCACAACCUGGUCCAGCUGUGUCUGCAGCAGCAGCCUGAGCGCAGGCCAUCAGCAUCUGAGCUGCUGACCCACGCCUUCUUCAAGCAGGUGAAGAGGCACACCAGAGACUCCUUCCUAAGUCUCAUGUACCCAGCAGUGCCCCUCGCCAGUCCUGAGGACCCUCCAGUAUCCAGCCCCCCCACCCCUUCCUGUCACACUCCAGCGUCAGCCACCGCCGACUCCACCGAGGCCAUUUGGGAUUUCUCCUAACUGCAGCCUCUACACUUCCAUUGACUAGCAAGCCAAACACAAGACAAUCAAAGCAAAGCAAUGAGGCCAAAUUCUACUGUGCUUUUAAUUUUUAUUAUUAACCCAACUCUCUGAGCCUUUUUAAAUCGUUUUUGUAGCUUUUUUUUUUUUUUUUUUAAUGUUUUUUGAAGGUGACUUUUUGGGUCACAGAGUGGUGAGGCAACUGUGAAGGUGCUGGAACAAAGAAGCUGCUCUGAUUUUAUAGUAACGAUAAUAAUGGACCGUCAGCGAGCAAAAGGAAAGAGAAAAAUACAAGUUGCUAAAAAGCCCCCCUGAAAACAGCUGUGCAUAUGUUUGUGCGCAUUUUGUUGUUUUUAAAGUGUUAUAUCCAUGUUUCCAUUUCUUUUUUCAGGUGGGUGACUCUGGUACAACCAAGAAGUUAUUUCUUAAUAGUAACCACUUUUUGUAAGAGAUCAUGUGUGUGUUGAAUUUUCUUUAAAGUGGACCUGUUAUGCUCUGUUCAUGUUGUGCCUAAAAUUGACCAUUUCCACUCUA